AUGAAGAAGAUGAGCAACAUCUAUGAGUCAGCCGCAAACACGCUGGGGCUGUUUUCCAGCCCCUGCCUGACGAAGGUGGAACUGCGAGUAUCGUGCAAAGGCAUAUCGGACCGAGAUGCACUCUCCAAACCAGAUCCCUGUGUCAUCCUUAAAAUGCAGUCACACGGACAAUGGCUGGAGGUUGACAGGACUGAGGUUAUCCGGACAUGCAUCAACCCAAUCUUCUCCAAAGUUUACACAGUGGAUUUUUACUUUGAGGAGGUUCAGCGCCUGAGGUUUGAAGUGCACGAUAUUGGCAGCAAUCACUUACACAAUGGGGUGAAGGACAGUGAGAUUCUCGGUGGGAUGGAAUGCACCCUUGGCCAGAUUAUUUCCCAGAGGAAGCUUUCUAAAUCCCUGAUGAAGCACGGAAACACUGCUGGAAAAUCCUCGAUAACAGUCAUUGCAGAAGAACUGUCCGGAAACGAUGAUUAUGUGGAGUUGACAUUCAGUGCAAGAAAACUCGAUGAUAAGGACUUUUUCAGCAAAUCAGACCCGUUUCUUGAAAUUUUCAGGAUGAAUGAUGAUGGAACACAGCAACUUGUACACAGAACAGAGGUUAUCAUGAACAAUCUAAAUCCAAUGUGGAAAACGUUUAAAGUCUCGGUAAAUUCCCUCUGCAGUGGAGAUCAUGAUCGGAAAUUAAAAUUGAUAGUCUGGGAUUGGGACUCCAAUGGCAAACACGACUUUAUUGGCGAAUUUACAUCGACCUUUGUAGAAAUGCGUGGGGCAAUGGAUGGCAGACAGGUUCAAUGGGAAUGCAUCAACCACAAAUACAAAGUCAAGAAGAAAAACUAUAAGAACUCUGGCAUCGUCAUUCUCAACCACUGUAAAAUCCACAAGAUGCACUCGUUCCUGGAUUACAUCAUGGGCGGGUGUCAGAUUCAGUUUACAGUCGCUAUAGAUUUCACAGCCUCGAACGGGGAUCCAAGGAACAGCUGCUCCCUCCACUACAUCCACCCGUACCAGCCGAACGAAUACCUGAAAGCUCUGGUGGCUGUGGGUGAGAUCUGCCAAGACUAUGACAGUGACAAGAUGUUCCCAGCCUUUGGAUUUGGAGCAAGAAUACCACCAGAUUCUAAAGUCUCUCAUGACUUUGCAAUCAACUUUAAUGAAGACAACCCUGAGUGUGCAGGGAUACAAGGAGUAGUAGAAGCUUAUCAGAAGUGCCUUCCGAAAAUCCAACUUUAUGGACCAACAAACAUUGCCCCAAUUAUCCAGAAAGUGGCCAGCUCAGCGUCUGAGGAAAUGCACACCAAGGAAGCGACGCAAUACUUCAUCCUCCUGAUCCUGACGGAUGGAGUCAUCACGGAUAUGGCUGACACCAGGGAUGCCAUUGUCCAUGCCUCCCACCUUCCCAUGUCAGUGAUCAUCGUGGGAGUGGGCAACGCCGAUUUCAGUGACAUGCAGAUGCUGGAUGGAGAUGACGGGAUUCUCCGCUCCCCGAAAGGAGAGCCCGUUCUGCGAGACAUUGUCCAGUUUGUACCGUUCAGGAACUUCAAGCAUGCAUCCCCUGCUGCUCUCGCAAAGAGUGUCCUCGCUGAGGUCCCGAACCAAGUGGUGGACUAUUACAACGGAAAAGGAAUUCCUCCAAAAUGUCUGUCGGAUUAUGAGUCUUCCCGAACACUUGCACCGUAAUACUUU